AUGCACAACAUCUCCCUCUUAUGCAAGCUCAUCCAUGAGUUCAUUGGCACAGAGUUGGAGAGGACAGCCAAGAGGCAGAGUCAAGACACAGCAUCCAUCCAGCCCAGAUCUGCUGCCCAGAGCAGAGCCACACCACAUCUGAGAGAGCAGCCAGGUCUCUGCACAGCAGGCCAUGUGGUCAGACCUCUCUCUCUCUCUCUCAGAGCUGUCAGUCUGUUACACCAACAACACAGCCUGGACUGGCCUGGAGCUGGCUACCACUGCAGCAGGAGACUGGCCUAUAGCUGGCUACCACUGCAGCACGAGACUGGCCUAUAGCUGGCUACCACUGCAGCACGAGACUGGCCUGUAGCUGGCUACCACUGCAGCACGAGACUGGCCUGUAGCUGGCUACCACUGCAGCACGAGACUGGCCUGUAGCUGGCUACCACUGCAGCACGAGACUGGCCUGUAGCUGGCUACCACUGCAGCACGAGACUGGCCUGUAGCUGGCUACCACUGCAGCACGAGACUGGCCUGUAGCUGGCUACCACUGCAGCACGAGACUGGCCUGUAGCUGGCUACCACUGCAGCACGAGACUGGCCUGUAGCUGGCUACCACUGCAGCACGAGACUGGCCUGUAGCUGGCUACCACUGCAGCACGAGACUGGCCUGUAGCUGGCUACCACUGCAGCACGAGACUGGCCUGUAGCUGGCUACCACUGCAGCACGAGACUGGCCUGUAGCUGGCUACCACUGCAGCACGAGACUGGCCUGUAGCUGGCUACCACUGCAGCACGAGACUGGCCUGUAGCUGGCUACCACUGCAGCACGAGACGGCCUGUAGCUGGCUACCACUGCAGCACGAGACUGGCCUGUAGCGGGCUACCACUGCAGCACGAGACUGGCCUGUAGCUGGCUACCACUGCAGCACGAGACUGGCCUGUUGCUGGCUACCACUGCAGCACGAGACUGGCCUGUAGCUGGCUACCACUGCAGCAGGAGACUGGAAGAGGAGAAAACACAGAAUGAAGAGGUUCUGCUUUGUAUCUAUUCAAGCUAAAACACAGGGUCAGAGGUCAAGCUAACACACAGGGUCAGAGGUCAAGCUAAAACACAGGGUCAGAGGUCAAGCUAAAACACAGGGUCAGAGGUCUCCCAUGUUAUCAUUCAGUAACAGAGCAUGGGGGCGUCGGACAGACAGACAAGCUCAAUCCAACGGUUCAGAGAGGAAUCUGGGAGAGGGGAGUACAGGGAGCCAAUGGAUUUGUAUGUCUACUUCCCCUCAUUGACCUUGUGGAUUGGGUGUUACGCAAGAGCCUGACUGGUGGUUAAGUCUGAAAUGCACCCUGGGUAAACUAACCACACACCAUGGGAAGGUCUCAGACAAACAGCAAAGACAAAAAGUAUUUCGUUUAACUUUGUCAUCGCAAACUAGGCUAUAUAGCUGGGGUUGACAGUAAGGUGGCAGGGCGGAGAAAAUCAGAGCAGAGAGUCAGUCUUGUUUGAGCUGAUUCAUGAGCAGGAAGACAAGGGUAGGUGUCAAAGAGGACUGUUUAAAGAUUGUCUGUUGGUCUACAGCCCUCUCCCCCCCUGGUCUACAGCCCUCUCCCCCCCUGGUCUACAGCCCUCUCCCCCCCUGGUCUACAGCCCUCUCCCCCCCUGGUCUACAGCCCUCUCCCCCCCUGGUCUACAGCCCUCUCCCCCCCUGGUCUACAGCCCUCUCCCCCCCCUGGUCUACAGCCCUCUCCCCCCCUGGUCUACAGCCCUCUCCCCCCCUGGUCUACAGCCCUCUCCCCCCUGGUCUACAGCCCUCUCCCCCCCUGGUCUACAGCCCUCUCCCCCCCUGGUCUACAGCCCUCUCCCCCCCUGGUCUACAGCCCUCUCCCCCCUGGUCUACAGCCCUCUCCCCCCCUGGUCUACAGCCCUCUCCCCCCCUGGUCUACAGCCCUCUCCCCCCCUGGUCUACAGCCCUCUCCCCCCCUGGUCUACAGCCCUCUCCCCCCCUGGUCUACAGCCCUCUCCCCCCCUGGUCUACAGCCCUCUCCCCCCCUGGUCUACAGCCCUCUCCCCCCUGGUCUACAGCCCUCUCCCCCCCCUGGUCUACAGCCCUCUCCCCCCCUGGUCUACAGCCCUCUCCCCCCCCUGGUCUACAGCCCUCAUCCCCCCCUGGUCUACAGCCUCUCACCCCCCCUGGUCUACAGCCCUCUCCCCCCCCUGGUCUACAGCCCUCUCCCCCCCUGGUCAUACAGCCCUCUCCCCCCCCCUGGUCUACAGCCCUUCUACCCCCCUGGUCUCCAGCCCUCUCCCCCCCUGGUCUAUACAAAGCCCUCUCCCCCCCACUGGUCUACAUCCGCUCUUCCCCCCCGGUCAUACAGCCCUCUGCCCCCCCUCUCCCCGCCGGUCUACAACUCUGCUGAUCCUCUCUGUUAA